AUGUACCUCUUAAUAACAACUGGGAAGACUGUAUCUCAGAAGAAGCAUCGCAUUGCGAUUUCCACGCUUUUACUAGUCAACUUAAGCUACGAUGGCGGGCUUGCAAUAGGUGCCUUCGUCCCCGUUUAUUCACAGUCAGCUCAUCUGCAGUUCUAUUCUGCCUUGUCUUCAUUGUUGUCUCAAUCUGAGCUGUUCGACUGUGCUGGGUAUUUUUCAAUAAACCCCGGUGCUUCUUGUCACAAAACUGAAGCAGCAACGACAGCCCUAGAAGCGGAUCGGGACGAGGCUCUCUAUUUUGCGCAUUACUGCGAAGAAAAUGUCUGGAGAUUGGCAUACCGUAAAAUGAUGCAGAAUGAACACAACAGGAACCGCUACCACGUCGUCUUUUGUACUAAUAGGAAAAAGUGCCUCCCCAUGUUUUACCAAACAAUCACGCGCAACAACCGCAUACCGUGCGUUUGGAAUUACCAUUGCAUUCUUUUGGAGACAAACGCGACCUCGACAGAAACUGUCGUCUUUGAUAUGGAUAGCCAAUUGCCAUUUCCGUACCCCCUCGAUCGGUAUCUGGACCGUACGUUUCCGUCCACCAUGGAUUAUGCUGCCGAGGAUCUCGAACCGGUAUUUCGUACGGUCCAAGCAUCCGCGUACAUAGAGAAUUUAUCCAAUGACCGGUCUGGAAAAGAAUUUUGCGAUGUUGCCAACGAUUGGAUCGCGCAUUCUCCAACCUACAAGGAAAUAGGCGAGGUAACCAGUGCCAACCUGGAUCAGUUCUCCGCCCCCCAGAAAUCGCAACGAGAUUCUCUCUCUGAAUUUGGCGUCAUACUGUCAAAGAAUGAAAUUUUGGAGUAUUCAUUCUGAUAACUAAUGUGACCCAGACAAUAUGAGGGCGCAAAACUUCGUGAUUUAUGUCU